AUGUUCUACAAUGGAGCACCAUCUAAUAGUACUUUAUCGGAAACAAUCAGUCCGCUGGAGGAGCAAAGUUGUAACUUGAGCUUGGUAGAUGUACUGAGAAGAUCAGCAUGUUACAAGAAGGCGAAACUGAGUGCGGAACAGUCACAAGCCGAAAAUAAGUCUAUCUACGAUGAUGAUAGUCUAGACAAUAGUAGAAACUGGUUUCUAUAUGUCGAUGCUGCUAAAGUUGAGAAGGAGAAUCUUCUGGCUAUUGUUGUUGUUCAUCAAAACUGUUCGGUUGAAGGAAAUCAAGAGAUUGAAAAUGACUCUGUAGCUGUAGCUGUAGCUGACAAGACAACAAGAGGGAAGAGGGAAGUGAAAAGCUCGGAUGGAAAGAAAAGUCGAAAGAGAAGCGUGAUUGAUGAGAGGAAUGAGGUUGAAGCUGUUGUUGUUGUUGAUGCACCGAUAUCUGAAGUUUUACCGAGAAAAGAAGUAGACGAUGUUCUUAGUGGAGCUCUAGGAAAAGAAAACGAGACGGGUGAGGAAUCUGUCGAAGAUAAUACUCAAACUGAUAAACUAGCGAGCCAACCAGAGAAUCAUUUGGAGAAGAAAAGGAAUAGAAAGUCCAAAAAAGCCAAAAGACUUGCUAAAGGAGAGAGUGUUCCAAUUCUUGUGAAGAAUCUUGAACCUAUGGAAGUUGUAGAUGGAGAAGAGGCUGAUAAUGUCAUCAGGGAUGUAUUAGAUUCUUUGCAAGAAAUGAAGGGAAAUCUGGACAAGAUGGAGGAUAAAUCAACCAAGAUUUCGAAGAGGAAACACGUUGAGAAGAUUGUGGAGUCCCAAGUUGAGGUAAACAGUGCUUCUUUGGAGGAGGCUCUUCCCUUCAAAACUGCAAAAGACACCGAUGCAUUGUUCAUGUCGCCUAAGGACGUCGCUGGUAAUAGUGAGGAUAAUCAAAGUCUAGAGGUGAAGGCUGAUAUGGGAGAUACUUUAUCUCCUAGUCAAAAGGACCAUGUUGCGGAUGGUGGUGAUAAGAGGCGAGAUCAUGUGAUCGAUGCAGCUAAAUCUAAAGAGGAGAAGAAAGGCCUUGACAUGCAUCACGAUGGCUCCAUUAACGGUUCCGUGAGCUCAAAGCAACCGAAAGAGAAAGUGGCUAGAUCAAAGGUUGAUCAUUCCGCGGAAGUCGCUGUCGACAGCAAGAAAGAAGCUGCAAAGAACAACAUCUCCAACAGUAUCAUCGAUGGUUCAUUGAGCUCAGUGAAACCGAAAGAGAAGAGAUCUUCAGAUGUUUCCAGUGGAGCACCAUCUAAUAGUACAUUAGACGAUGAUGAGAGUGAUGUGAAUUCUGUGUCUAGGAAGCAAGGAAACAAUCUGUCCGUUGGAGGAGCAAAGUUGAGCUUGGCAGAUGUACUGAGAAGAUCAGCAAGUUACAAGAAGGCGAAACUGAUAACCGAACAGUCACAAGCCGAAAGUAAGUCUAUGUACGAUGAUGAUGAUGAUGAUGAUAGUCUAGACAAAUUGUCUUUACGCAAAUAA